CAAGUCUAUUUAUCGGAUUAUCAUAAUUGAAAAAUUCUUUUCUAAUUUUGUUUAUGGACAAGGACACGAUUCAGGAAGACAACGAAUGCGCCUGGUCCAGUGAUUGAAAACAACAACAAAACCCAAAACCCAAAACCCGCGAAUUUCAACUAAACUCCAAAUAGUCGCACACACACACAAGCGAAAGCGAAAGUGAGUGCAGCUCCAGCACCUAAGGCGACCAAGAGAACGAAGGUUACGGGAACGGAAACGGAAACGGGAACGGGAACAAGGAGAACAAGGAGAACAACGAUAACAAAGUGCAAUCCGCAACAGGAAACUGAAAGCGCCUUUCACCGGGGCACACAAACAUUUAAUUAAAUAUUAGUCAAUAGUCGACCGAUCAUCACACAGGACACACAGGAGCAACAUUUACGCAAGCAGCAAGGACACGGGUGUGCGUUCGUGUGCGUGUGUGUGUGUGUGUUCGUGCGUGCGUGCGUGCGUGCGUAGGCGCAACAAACACGACGAGCAGGCCGAACUAUUUAUUCCCUCGGUGCAAUAGAAAGCCGCCAAAAUACGCAAAAAGGUGACUACAAAGAAAGCCAGCGUUGUUUUCACAGUUGAGGACGACAACAACAACAACAACAACAACAAUUGUAACAACAGCAGCAACUACAACUACAACAACGCUAGGCAGCUAAGAACAGCAACAACAACAACAACAAGUCCAACUCCAACUCCAACUGCAACUCCAACUGCAACUGCAACUCGAACAGCAACAAUCGAGCUGAAUAACUUCUACACCGAACAAGAACAAAGCAACAUGGACGAGACACAACAUUUCUGUCUGCGAUGGAACAACUACCAGAGCAGCAUCACAUCGGCGUUCGAGAACCUUCGCGAUGAUGAGGACUUUGUCGAUGUGACGCUCGCCUGCGAGGGUCGCAGCAUAAAGGCGCAUCGCGUGGUCCUCUCCGCAUGCAGCCCCUACUUUCGCGAUCUGUUGAAGAGCACACCCUGCAAACAUCCGGUCAUAUUGCUGCAAGAUGUCAAUUUCAUGGAUCUGCACUCGCUGGUCGAAUUCAUAUACCACGGCGAGGUGAAUGUGCAUCAGAAGUCGCUGCAGUCGUUCCUCAAGACCGCCGAGGUGCUGCGCGUCUCCGGCCUGACACAGCAACAGGCCGAGGACACGCACAGCCACCUGGCACAGAUACAGAAUUUGGCCAAUGCCGGAAUACGCCAGCCACUGAACACACAUCCACAUGCACAUCAUGACGACGGCGGCGCUGCCACAUUGUUCAGCAGCCGCCAGGGAGUUGGGUCGUCGUCGUCGCCGCCGCCGCCGCCGCUGCCGCCGCACAUUAACAACAAUCUGCUGAAGCGCAUGGCCAUGAUGCAUCACAGCAGCAGCAGCGCCGCCGCCGCCGCCGCCUCAGUCGAAGAGACGUCGCAUGCCUUGAAGCGUUUGCGCAGCGCCGACAACGGGCUGCCGCCCGCCGCCAGCAGCAGCAGCAGCAACAACAACAACAGCCCCGAUUUGCAGAUGCACGCGCGCAGCGCCUCGCCGCAGCUAACGCCGGCCGACUUCAGCACGAUCAAGCAUCACCACAACAACAACAACACGCCGCCGCUCAAGGAGGAGAAACGUAAUCGACCCAGUGGCAACUCGGGCAACUCUGGCAACACCAAUGGCAAUGGCAUCUCCAUUAGCGAUAAGCUGGGCAGUUUGACACCGUCGCCUUUGGCCCGUGGUGUCGAGGACGUCAAGUCGGAGCCCAUGGAGCUGGUCUGCUCCAGCAGCAACAACAACAACAACGCCAACAAUCCGAAUGUCAAUGAGGAGCACAGCAACGACUCGACCGGCGAGCAUGACGCCAAUCGAUCCAGCAGCGCUGACGGCGGCAAAGGCUCCCUGAGCUCCGGCAAUGAUGAUGAGAUCAACGAGAAUCUCGCCUCCCAUCAUGCCGCACAGCCGUUCAUCAUGUCGCCAGCUGACAGCAAACUGUUUCCGGGCGCCGCAUUCAACUUUCCGAUGUCCAAUCUCGAUCAUUCAGCUUUGAUUGGUCUCAACACACAGCUACAACAAUCUGGUGAACUUGCCGUCUCUCCACAAGGUCAACUGACGACAAAUGCUACAACUUCUACAACAACAAACAACAACAACAACUUCUACUCUGAACAAACAAACAACCAUAACUCAACAACAAUAAAAACCACAACAACAACAACUCAAACAACAACAACGCCAACGCCAACAACAACAACAACAACAACAUCAACAGCCAUCACAAACGCCUCUGGCAUCUGUGGGCUUAAUCUCUCCACAUUCGCAGCCAAUUGCAACAACAAUAUCAGCGCAGGCAGCACGGGCAGCGGCAGCGGCAGCAACGGCGGCAUACUUACACCCUCGCUGCCUCAGCAACAGCAGCAGCAGCAGCAACAGCAGCAGCAGCAGCAACAACAGCAGCAGCAGCAACAGCAGCAGCAGCAACAACAGCACCAACAACAGCAGCAGCAGCAGCAACAGCACCAACAACAACAGCACCAAUUGAGCAAUGCAGGCAGCGGCAGUCAGUCAAGCAACGGUAUACUCGGCUGCAGUCCGCCCGCUGCGAACACACCAACAACUGCGCAGCAGCAAAUGUUCGCCGCGGUGAUGGCCAAUAUGGCGGCAACGGCCAACGCAUCGGCCUCGACCAGCGGCAACAGCGCCAACAACUCGCUGAACAACUCACAACUGAACACAUCCGGCGGCAGCCUGAAUGCCUCCAGCGGCGGCGAUGAUUUUCGCUGCAAUCCGUGCAACAAGAAUUUGAGCUCCCUGACCAGGCUCAAGCGGCACAUACAGAACGUACACAUGCGGCCCACCAAGGAGCCGGUGUGCAACAUCUGCAAGCGGGUCUACAGCUCCCUGAACAGUUUGCGCAACCACAAGAGCAUAUACCAUCGCAAUCUGAAGCAGCCGAAGCAGGAGCCGACCACCGGUCAACAGGCCGCCAGCACCUAUUACCAUCAGCAGCUGAACCAUCACUCCUCCUCAUAGAAUUUCAUGUACUUUGACUAUCAUCACCAGGCCAAUGUGAACUUUUGAAGCUGCAGCUAAAAUGUUGGGUGUUCAACAAACGGCAACCGCAACUGCAACCGAAACUGCAACUGCAACUGCAACUGCAACUGCAUUCGCUCCUCUGGCUACGGGCUAUAUUCGCAUAGUAAAUACAGAUUAGAGGAAACCUUUGUUAAGUUUGUCAAUUAUAUGAAAAUGGGCGAUACACAUUUGCAAAUACGAGUAACUGUAAUCUUAAUCAAAUUAAAGCAACAUAUAUACUUGCAUAGAUACAUAUGUACAACACACGCACACGCACACGCACACACGAUCAUACACACACACACACACACAUAUAUACAUUUACAUUUACAUUAUACAACACACAAGUAUACAAAAUGGAGAGAAUUACGACAACGGCGCUUCUGUAUGUAUGUACAUAUUUGGGAUAUUUACAGUCGCCUGCAAAGCUAUACAUAAAGUAGACUUGGCUUGACUCUCCACUCUGCACUCUACUUCUUCCAGAGCCCAACUCUAGACUUGCAAUGUUAGUGUUGCUUUAAAUGGCGUGGAGUUCAGUUAAGAUUUCGGCAUUUCGCUGCGAAAAAUCAAUCCAAAGUCAACUUUAUGCAGCUUUGCUGGCAACUCUGAAUACCCCAAAUACACGGUUAUAUAUGCAGAGCAAAAUAAUUACAUUCUAGGCUAGUAACACUUAGUUGCCUUUUGUAGUUGUAAGCAAAUCAAUUAUAACUUAAUCAGAAUCAGUAGCAGUAACAGUAACAGUAACAGUAACAGUAACAGAAAGAGAUCUAGACAUAGAAACACACAAUUUGUGCUGGUAAGCGGGAGGUGCUCUAAGCUAUGCUCCAGUUAUCGUUCUACAUAAGUAUAUGUAUGUGCAUUUGUCUCUGUUUACACUCACGUACAUAAGUAUAUAUACACGCACACGCAUAUUAGUAGCACGUGGGGGCAAUUUUCGCUCUUGAGAAGUGGUAUAAAAUGUUAUUGAAAUCUUCUCAUUUUCCAAUCAUUUUUUUUCAUAUUAAUAAUCUAAACAUAGAGUAGAGUUGAAAAAAAAAGAAGAGAAAUGAUAAAUUACAAAAAGGUGCCGGUAGUGAAUUCUUCAAAUGGCUUUAAUAAAAUACAAUUUAAAUAAAAUACAGCUAAGUAAAUAUAUAUAGACUUAGAGGUAAGCCUAGGCACAAAUCGAAUCAGUUGUGCAAAUCGUAGCCUUUAAAGCUUUUUAUACACAAAUUCGUUUUUUUUUUUAAUACCACAUAAAGAAGAAUGAGAAUAAGUUGAAAAUGAAAGAAAGCGACCGACCGAACGACCGACCAAUUGCAAAGUUAUGUAUUUGGAUGAAAUGCAAAACAUAAAUGAUAAUUUAAUUAUGUAGGCUUAAGCUAACCAGGAGAAGUGCAUACCCUAUAUACUAUAUAAACACUCUCUCUCACACACACACACACACACACACACACACAUACGCACAUAUGAUAUUUUAUAGACUUACAGUAAAUAAGAAAAAAUAUACAACAUAAUAAUUACAACUUAAAAGUUUAUCAUAUACAUUUGUUAACAUCUAGGCUAAUCUUGGUUUUUUUUUUUUAAAUAUAUAUAUAGAGUAUAUCUUUUUUUUUUGGUAUUUUUUAAGAGAGAUGAUAAAAAACAAUUGUAGAUAUAUAUAGACAUGGAAAAUGUUAACCGGAUACUUUAUGAGUGCACCUGUGUUCGUUAGUUUAUAGUUUUAAGCAAGAGCAAUGCCUAAAGCAAUUAAGUACAUUCACACAUCCACAUUAAUCACACAUAUAUGGUAUAUAUCUAUAUAUCUAUAUAUCUAUUCGAUAUAUGUAUGAAUGUAAGAAAGCAAUUGCAGUAUGGGAGUUCUUUGAUUAUAACACUGUAAUAAUAAAAACCUACACAUAAAACGCAUAUAUUUCAUUUAACCAGCUCGAUGCCAAUAAGAAUCGAGUAUGCGCUAUAUACAUAUAUAGUAUUUGUAUAUUUGUAUAUUUGAUCAGUUCAAAAUGUCAGGUAGCCGGUCAAUGAAGCAUUCAAUCAAUCAAUCAGUCAAUCAAUUAAUCUAUCCAAGAAUCCAUCACUAUGCCAUUAAAUGGCAAUCAAUCAGCAUCAAUCAUUACAUACACUCACACACUCACACACUCACACACCCACCACACACACACACGCACACACAUUGUAUCUCUCUCUCUCUCUCUCUCUCUCUCAUUAUCUAUGUAUAUCUCUAACAUGCCGGACAAUAUAUAAAAAUUUAUUUUAGAGCGAAAGCCUGUCGAUUCUAAUUGUGUUAGUUUUGUCACACAGAAAAUAGAUUUGUGUGGCAAAAUGAAAGUUUGUGUGUUCAGAUUGGGUCGAAGAAGCUGCGAUAAUAAAACACAUUCACCUACUUACUUGAAAAUAUAACAUAACAUAAACAUUGUGAAAGCAAGCGC